CAAUAAAAGACAAGGAGCAUCCCUGACUGUCACUGCAUUUCAGACUCUGGGCGAAUCUGAAACAAGAUUCCAAAACUCAAUUCAAAGCAUGGACAGAAACACUGCAUUAGCUGCAUUAGUCCUUCUGUUAUCAGUUGUUUGUGCAGGUGAGAAUAUUUUACCUCCAGGACCCCUGAGUGGAGCCGUAGGGGGCAGAGUGAAGUUUGCCACCACGCUCAGCCCACCAGAGAGACCAUUUCUGUCUGUCAGCUGGGACUUUAAAGGAGUAAACAUUAUCACUUCCACCAGCACCAACAUCACUGAACCGGGUCACACCAACAGAAUCUCAUUAGAUCGAGCCACAGGAACCCUGGAGCUCCGGAACCUGGUGCUGGAGGACAGUGGCGAGUACAGGCUAACCAUCAUACCAGAUCGGGGGCUGCAGAGAAUGGGGAGGAUCACCCUCAAUGUGUAUGUGCCGAUAACUGCAGCCACCAUCAGCAGCCCUGCAGCAGUCCUCAUAGAAGGUCAAAGCUCCACCACCCUCACCUGUGAAGGCUCCGGCUCCAUCAUCACCAGAGAAUGGAUAAAAGAUGGCCACCAUCUUCAUCUCACUGACAGCCUCAACUUAGGGAUGGACAACAGGACUGUGUUCAUACAACCUGUCAGUUCAAACCACGGCACCUACCAGUGUCGAGUCAGCAACCCAGUCAGCAGCCAGACUGCGUCCCUUCAUCUCACUGUCAACUAUGGACCAUAUAACGUUUCAAUCAUCGGACCAUCAGCAGCCUGGCCUGGCCAUAAAGUGACAAUGCAGUGCAUUGCAGAUUCUGUCCCUCCAGCAAACUUUAGCUGGUCAUUUAACGGCAACAACACAAAUGUCAAAACCUCCACGUUUGUUAUAGAGAAGUUAGGGCCUAAAAGCAUUGGGAACUACACCUGCACUGCCAGAAACAUGGUGACAAUGAAGGAAAAUUCAACCAUCCUGGACCUGAGAGCAUCCUGUAUUGCCCCUUUUUGGACUUUCUCAUCGUUAUUCAUCUGUGCAAUUCUUCUGAAAGGGUUUGUGUAAGACAACGGUCUCGAACUCCAGUCCUUGUGGGCCGGCGUCCUGCAACUUUUAGAUCCCUCUCUGCAUAACACACUCAAAUAUUAGUUCAUUAGGAGAUAUCUGGGGAGCUUCACCCCAUAUCAGUAGAAUAGAAUAGAAUAGAAUAGAAUAGAAUAGAAUAGAAUAGAAUAGAAUAGAAUAGAAUAGAAUAGAAUAGAAUAGAAUAGAAUAGAAUAGAAUAGAAUAGAAUAGAAUAGAAAUGUCAUUAUUCUCCCACAGUGGGGUAAUUCGGCUGAUUCAGUGUCAAAAAGAGCAUCUAGGAAUCUAGGAGUUAGCUUCCAGGUACACAAACAACUACAUUUUAUAUAUUUUUUUAAAUUAUUUAAAAGUCAAAUAAACUAUACAGCAAAAGCACAACACAAAAUAUCUAAAGGGCAUGCUAGGGCAUAAUUCCUAAUUCUCAUAAAAUUACCUUCUUGUUGCUCCCACAUACCACACCAGUCAAAGCAGGUCUUCAGAACAGAGCUCUCAAGAGGAGCUCUGUUUAAUAAUUUGAUUAAGGUUUGUAGAGUAAGGCACAGAUCUAAAUGAUGCAGAACACCAUCCUUCAAGGAUUUGAGUUGGAGACCACGGAUCUAAAAAAAACUGCAACUACUGAAGAACAUCCCCAAUGAAAAGCUGGCAAGAAUGUGCAUUUCAAGAAACUUUGUAUCCUGCAGGAAACUAAAAACAACCUGAAGUAAAAGAGAAAUAUUUGCACUGCCAAGAAAUAUUGUGAAAGUUAUUGAAUAGACAGACACUUGAUAUUAUAUUUCCAUUACAGCUAUAGCAUUGCCAUAGUAUAAUUAUAGUUUAGCAGGUAAUCACAGAAUAUUCAUAUAAUGGGAAAUGUAUGUUUACUCUAAUCAUUCAAUUUGCCAACAUGUUUUAUUUCUUAUUGGAUGUUUUUUAAAUGUUUUGGUGUAGCUCUGUUAGACUCCAGCUAGGAACCUUUAAGACCUGAAGCUCACCUCAAUACCAGUGGAAGCAUAGAAAUGUUCUGACUGCUGCAAUGCAAAGAAGAUUUACAUGACAUGUCUUAUUUAAAACAAACUUCUAAGUUGAAUAAAAACUUUAAAACUGUAUCUGCAAGCAGUAUGAAACAUUUUGGCUAAAGUUUGUAUGAAGAGAUCAAAUGAGAUCUCAUUAACUCUCUACUCUUUUUCAGGUUUAAGCUGUUUAUACCAACUUUGAAUGUCCUAUGAAACUGCCUGCAUUAAAUAUAUGUUAGACUGUAACCCAGAGAAGCAAAGAUCAUAAUGACCUAGACUUAGACAAACUUUAUUGUAAUUUUGUAUUUACAAAAAUCUGUUUAUACAGCUUUCCGACAGUAAACGAGCAGCUUAGCAGUGGAAAAUAACAUUUCCGUUUAUUAAGCCCAGCAGCGAUCAAAUAGAUAUGCUGCAAAAAUACAGUAGAAGACAUUUGAGUUGAGUUCUAUUUGGUAUGAUGUUAUCUAUAAUAUUAUAAUGGUCACAUUUCUAAAGCGUAUUAUACUUAUUAGAAGUAUUUUCCAUUUUUGCCCUGGUGGCAUAUGUCCCAAACUGCUUCAUUGAUGAAAACUUGGCAUAAAUAAAAAUGAUCCUUAAGAAA